AUGGCGCCUAAAACACCCUUUCCGCUGAGUAUAUCCGGCUACUCAGUCCUACCAGUCGAGUUUCCCCCAGUUCCUUCAUUCCCAAACCCUGCGACGCAUUACCUCUACCUUCAUCCUCACGAACCACGAGUUCCCGACCCAGACUCCGCCCGCUCUCUUUUCAUCGUAAAUAUCCCAGUAACGAGCACAGAAACGCAUUUCCGACAUUUAUUUGGCGCUCAAUUAGCCUCUGGUCGUGUUGAACGAGUUGAAUUCCACGACUCAAUUGCUAAAGACUCUUCAACAGUUUCACCCCAACCGCCCACGAUUAGCACUACCACCAGCAACAGCAAGAAACGAAAACGAGACACUGUCCAAGACCUGCAAAUCAAGCACGAUAAAAUGGAGCUCCCAUGCACAUGGAACCGUGAACUCCACACCAGCGGCGCACAUGCAGUUGUAGUCUUCUUCGAUCGGCCCAGCAUGGAAGCCAGUCUCAAAGCUGCGAAAAGGGCCGCGAAAAACCGCACAAAGAUAAUAUGGGGUGAAGGGAUCGAGAAGGACCGUUUACCAGCCCUCGGAAUCCAGAGAUACAAAACACAUAACAAACUACGGUACCCGGCACGCACCGAUCUGUUGCGCACAGUGAACGACUACAUGGCCAUCUUUGGCCAGUUUGAGGAGGCUCGAGCACAUGAAGCGGCUGCAGCCGCUGACGAGCCUGAUGAGGAUGGCUUUGUGACCGUUACGCGGAAGGGGAAGAUUAAUAAUGUUGGGCGCGAGGAGGAGAUGAAGGAGUUGUUAGAGAAGCAUAAGGAGAAGAGUAAGGGGCUUGAAGACUUUUAUCGAUUCCAGCUGCGGGAGAGGAAAAAGGAGAGGCAGACGGAGUUGCUGAGGAAAUUUGAGGAGGAUAAGAGGAAGGUUGAGGAGAUGAGGAGGAGGAGGGGGAAGGUUAGGCCUGAAUAA